AUGGAUAUCUCCAACAACAAUAGCUUUAGAAGAAGCUUUUCAAUGAAAAGAGCUAGUCUUAAUAAAAAAAUGAAUAAAUUCAUAAAUACAACACCAAAGAGAAUGAAAGGACGACCAAAUGUCCCACCACCAUUAAAUCUUGAUCCAUUAACACCACCACCAACGGUUCAACAACCUAAAAGGAUACAUGGUGAGUUUCAAUUAGAUUCCCCAUUUUUAGGUUCCUCAAAUCCAUAUAAUUUAGAUGAAGAAGAUGAUGAAUCACCAACAUUCCAAAUAAAGCAUAAUAAACAGAAUAACAAGUCAUUUUUGAAAAAUAAUUGUUGUUUUUGUGAAGAACCAUUGAUUAAUAAAUUAUCUGGUGAAAGAAUAUUAGAAUUGGAUUGUAAUCAUCAAUCACAUUAUGAUUGUUAUUCAUUGAUGAUUAAUAAACAAGAUAUUAAUGAUUUUCCAGUUUGUUGCAUUUGCUCCAAGAGGACAAAACCAAUAGAUGAUGAUAUCAUUGAAGAAUUAUAUUCCAAGACAUUAGUUGAAGAGGAUGAGGAGGAUGAAGAAGAGGAUAGUAUAAUGGAAUUACCAAAACCUCAAUAUAGUUCCACACCAUUCACACCACAAGAACAAAUCAUUCAAAAUUGUUCCAGUGCAGGGUUUCAAAGUUCCAAACAAUCAAGGUUUUCAUUAGCUUCAAGUAUGGAUUCAUCAAUUUCAAAUAAUAGUCAAUAUUUAAUUGAGGAUUUAAUUAAACCGAAUGUUCAUAUUAUUUCUGAAUUUAAUAAAGUUCAAGUGUUUGAUACGAAUGAUGAUAUAACGAUUGGAUCAGUUUUAAAUAUUUUCACAUCAAAAUUUGGUGAAGAUUCCAAGAAAAAUAAUGAUGAAUUUAAAUUAAAACAAGAUAUUAAUGGUAAAAUUGUUGAAAUUUUACAAAGGAAAAUCAUUGAUAAUAAAGGUAUAAACUUAUCAAAUUUAUCAAAAUUACGUAUCUUUGAUUUUGUGGAGAUUAGUCUUGAUGGAUAUAAUUGGGAAUUUGUUCAAUUUUUCAUAUUUAUGAAUUUUUUAUUAAUUUUAAAUGAAGAAGGAGAUUCCAUUAUAGGUACAAUUAUGAUUAAAGAACAUUUCUCCAAAUUGAUUAAAAUUAAUGAUUCCACUAUUAUCCUAUAUUUCAUUUCAUCAACAUUACCAGAAUUACAAAUCCGUUCAAACAACAAGAUUUUAAUUUCCAAAUGGGUUGAUUUUUUCAAUAAUAAAUUACAUAAAGAUUCAGAGAUCCCAUUAAUACAAAUGACCACUAAUGGCUGGGAUUUAAUUAAUGAUGGCACCAUGGGCAUACCUUUAGAAGUGGUGAGAUUUAAUGAAUUGACAAGUAAAGGAUUAGAUUUACCAUUUCAAUUGAUGAAGAAUUUUUUACCAAGACCUUCAAUUUUACCUAAAGCAAUAAUUAUGACAAUUUCAUUAAUAAAUACCACGAGGUUAACAAAUGAUGAAUAUUUGAGAAAUUUACAAGGAAUCAUUAAAUCAACGUUAUCUGAAUUAGGCUCCACAGUGGAUAAAUUUGGAUUAGUUAUAAUUGGACGUGAUGGUAAUAGAGUUGUUGGGAUAGGGAAGGGUACUUUUAUUGGGAUGGUUAAUUCAUCAUGGUCAGGAUGGGGAGAAUUGAUUGAAGAAUUACAAGUUUUCCAAAGUAAGAUUGGAUAUUUACAAGAGUUGAAGAUUGGGUUGAGAACAGUGGAGAAGUUGAUUAGUACGGUGCCUGAACUGAAUAAUGAUGAGGAUGAUUAUGGGGUUAGGAAGUUGAUGUUGAUAAGUGGUAAUGAACAGGAAGGUGAUGAAGGUGUGUUGAAUGAAGGGUUGAUUCAUAAGAUUAUGAUUGAUUAUAAAUUUUCUAUUCAUCAGGUUUUGAUAUGUGAGAAAUAUUCAAAACAACAUGAAUAUGUUUUUAAUAUGAUUAAUGGGUUUAAGAAUCAUCAUCAGUUCCAAUUUAAUAGAUUUAAUGAAUUUUCCAAAUUUAUUGAAGAGAUUCCAAAUAUUUUCACCCAAAUGGAUAAGAUCAUUAUAUCACAAUUUAAUAUUGAAUUGAAGAUUGAGAAUCCAGAUUUUAUUAAAUUUGAAUCAAUUGAAUCAAAUGGUGUUAUGCAAAAAACUGAUCAAGAUAAUUUGAAAUUAUUUAUAAAUGAUAUGAUUGAUGGUGAUUAUGAAAACAUUAAAUUCAACUUUACAAUUGAUUUAUCCAAAUUGAAAAAAGAGUAUGAUGUUCCAUUUAAUCAAUUUAUUGAAUUACCUAUAUUAAAUUAUUCAUACAAUUAUAAUGGUAUUAAAUCAAAGAAUUCAAUUUUCAAAUUGAAAUUACAAAUUCAAGAAAGUACAAGUACAAGAAAGAGAAAGAUUGAAACCAUGUCAUUAAUGUCACCUAUUGAAGGGAAAGUUGAAGAUGAAGAUGGUGAUGUUGAAUUUAUUGAUAUACCAUUAUUACCCCCAUUAUCAUCAUUUAAGGAUUCAAUAUAUGUUAAGAAGCAAAUAGAAUUAAUGAUUUUGGAAACAUUGCGGGAUGAUACUUCCAAAGGUAUAAAUGAAUUAAUUUCGUUAAUAUUUGGAUUAAUUAGAGGUUGUUCCACAAAUUAUACAAGUUUUUAUAAAGAUUCAAAAUUUAAUGAAUUUUUCAAAAAUUUUAAUAAUUAUGUUGAUUUUUUAAUUGGAGAAUUGAAUAAAUUACAAAAAGCUGGAAAUGAUGAUGAAUUUAAUAGAAUGAGAUUAGAUUUUAUAAAUUCUAUAAAGAUUGGGGAGUAUUAA